AUGUCAAUGACUGGCUCAGUAUUCGUAGCAUCUACUAUAUUCUACAGCAAAAAGUUAUAAGCGCAUCCGCAGCCACUUAUUGCUUACAUUUGUAUGUGUGAAGCUAUAUCAUCUUUCAGUGCGAUGAUGCAAUCUGUAGAUUCUAAAGUAUUUGCUUCAUAUUUCGGGUUAGAUGAAAUAUUUUCGUACACAGUGGCUUUUAACUUUAGUCCAACAGACCUUUUAAAUCCUGAUGAUACGGAGGAUCAUACUAUCUAUCUUGAUAAAUACAAGACGGUACUUUGCCAUUCAAAUGAAUACUUCCUGAUAUAUUUUCAAUUGAUGUCUCUUAUGUUGAACAUGUGUUUGUGUAUUGAUCUAAUUUUAACUUUGAGAAAUCCAUUCUAUCCCAGCAAAAGAAGAGUUAAAUUUUACAUUAUUUUCUCAUCAAUUAUUGUGUCAAUCUUGGUGGUGCUAGAAAAGGACUUCAUUUAAAGUAAAAAUUCUAGAGUUUUUUAUUGGCUUUUAUUAGACAAUUGUGAUGACUACAAAGGUUUUGAAUAAAGUACUUUGAUUUCAUAGCAAGCCUCAAAUCUGAUUUUUGCAAUGAGUCUUUCAGUUUACAUUAUAGUAGCACUCUAUUCUUCAAGACCAGGCCUUAAUAAAAGAGUUAGAUGGUUCUUCCUAAGAAAGCAUUGGUCAUAUGUCGGUAUUUUUAUUCUUGUUUGGACAUUGAAUCUUGCACAAGCCUACUAUCAACUAUUUAAUCCAAAAUCAUAAGAUGAUAUUGCUGUAGACAGCUUUAAUAAAGUUGAAACCCCUGUACAGACAGUUAGCUAAUUUGCAGCAUUUUCAACAGGACUCUGGCUCACAAUAGUUAGACUUUCAGAGCCAUAUUUCUACUAUAUUGUUAAGAAAAAAUGGCUUGAAAUGUUUGGAAAGCCACCAGGAGAUUGCAGAUAAAGCAACGAACUCUACAAUAACACUUUAAAUUCAUUCUUGACAUAAUCCUUGAAUGUUGAGUUAGUAAAUAUAAUUCUCCAUGGAAUCACAUAAUUCACAAAAAAGUCUUUUGAAGAUCAUUUGCAUGACAGAGAAAUAAAAGACAUUGAGCUCGAGUAAUUUAGUCUGCUAAGAAGACUCGAGCUACCUAGAAUUGAGAUAGAUAAUCCUGAUACAAUUAAAAGAGAUAACCGCAAAAAGUUUCAGAAAAUGCAAGACUUGCAGCAAAGUUAAAACUAGGAUGAAAUUAAUUUUACCAUAGAUUAGAAUACAACAUUAUUAGAGGAGCCAAAAUAAAAAAUAAUCAUAAAUGAGUCAGUUGAGAUAUUUGAGCACAAAAUGAUUAUGAAAGCUGGAGAAGGCCAGGGUAAAAGCGGUAGCUUUUUCUUUUUCAGUGAUGACAAGAAAUUCAUCAUCAAGACAAUGACUGACUCUGAAUUGUAAACAUUCAAGUUAAUGUUUAAAGACUAUUAUGACUUUUUGCUAAAGAAUCCAAGAUCAAUGCUGGCAAGAAUCUAUGGUAUAUUCACUGUGCAGAUGGAAGAUAUCGUGCCUGUGCACUUGAUAUUAAUGGGAAAUACUAUCUAAACUACAAAUAAGGACAAGAUCUUAAAUAUAUUUGAUUUAAAGGGAAGUAUCUACAACAGAAAAGUAAAAGGCAAGAAUCAUAAAAACACAGACACCUUAAAAGACUUGAAUCUCUUUAAGAAAUGCUAGGAUGAUGUGGAUGACAGAAGAUACCUACUAGAUGUGAUUGAAGAUGACGUCAAAUUUUUAGCAGCUCAUAAACUUAUGGAUUAUUCUCUCCUGCUCUGCAUAGAGAAAAAUUGGGAAUACUAUGAAGUUAAAUAAUAGGCAGAGGCAAUAGUUAGAAAUAGAUUGAAGAAUGAGGAAAUCAUUUUGGAUGAAGACUUUAAGGAAUAAGUAAGAGAAGAAAAAAUCAGAUUAAAAGGAGGUAACAUGAUAAAACAUCAUUAAACUUAUAUAGCUCUAAUUCAGACAUUUAUUGGGAACAGACAUAAAUGGAUCAGCAAAUGCGGCAAGUUCAUAUAUCAUAUGGCUGUCAUUGACUACCUUCAAGAGUUUAAUUGCAUGAAAGUUAUGGAAAGCAGAGUCAAAGAAUAUAUUUUAAAUAGAGAUUACUACGAAAUAUCUUGUGUUGAUCCUUUACCAUACUAAAAGAGGUAAUUAGUUCUAAUUUUUAACUAUCAAUUUAGAUUCUUCAAAUUCAUGAGUAAUCAUGUGAUCAUAGACUUUCAUGAGAAUAAGAAGGAUAGACAGUAGCAUAGUUUUAUAUUAAGAAGACAGUUAUCUGGAUCAGUAUAGCACUCUAAAAGGAAGUGA